GUGCCGUCCCGGCCGGGCUGCGGAGCGGGGUUGACGCGGCGGGAGGGCCCCGUGCCGGCCCGGCCGCGCUGCGGAGCGGGGGUUGACACGGCGGGAGGGCCCCGUGCCGGCCCGGCCGCGCUGCGGAGCGGGGGUUGGCGCAGCGUCAGGCGCGGCCGCUGCCGGCGGGGGCUGCGCGCUCUCGGCCUGGCCCAGCAGCGCGGUGUGUGCGGAGCCCACCGGCCCGCAGCAGGUGGAUGCGGCCUGGAGCAUCCCGGGGGCGGCGGCGACGCGCUGGUGUUCCCGCGGCGUUUCCCCAGCCUGGGGCCGGUACCGUGUUGUGUGGUUGGGUCGGUGGGCUCUGGAGAGGAAAUUUUCUGGAUUUGGCUUCGUAGCUUUGACGCUUCGCUGGUCAGCGCACUGAUGUAGUCCCAGAAACAGAUGAAUGGACGUGGGUUUUUAGCUUGGUUGGGGGGAAUUUUUUUCUUCCCCAUAGCAAAUAUUGCAUUAUAAACUGGUAUGAAUAAGAUCUAGUAUUUGAGCAGUAUUUAUAAAUUAAAAACAAACAUGAAAUGCAAAAGGAACUGAAGUUGGUGAAGGUGACAGUUCAGGAGGAUGUAUCACCUCUAAUUAAACCUUCUCUAAGUAGUCAUAAUAAAUUUGACAAUGAUUUGCAAGGAACAAAUAGUUCAGGAUCAUUGGGUGGUCUUGAUGUUCGUAGAAGAAUCCCUAUAAAGCUUAUCUCAAAACAGACAAAUAAAGCCAAACCGGCACCUCGAACUCCAAGAAAUAUGAACAGGAUGCCUUCAAAGACACAAGCUGGUGAUGAAGAAGAAUUUGAUUAUAAUGAAGAGGAGCGAUAUGAAUGUAAAGGAGGUGAAAUGUUUGGCAAUCAAAGGAGGUUUCCUGGACCCAUCUUUUGGGACUAUAAGAUAAACUUGCUGGGGGAAAAGGAUGAUACACCGGUCCAUUUCUGUGAUAAGUGUGGAUUACCCAUCAAAAUGUAUGGACGCAUGAUACCUUGCAAGCAUGUUUUCUGCUAUGACUGUGCUAUACUACAUGAGAAAAAGGGAGACAAGAUGUGUCCAGGCUGUAAUGAACCUGUGCAGCGAAUCGAGCAGUGUGUCCGAGGGUCUCUCUUCAUGUGUAGCAUUGUUCAAGGGUGCAAGAGAACUUACCUGUCACAGAGGGACCUACAAGCUCACAUCAACCACCGUCAUAUGAGAGCUGGAAAGCCUGUUACUCGUCCUCCAAUUGAACCUGUGCAUCCUCCCAUUGCCCCACCGCCUGCCGAAAUUCCUGAGCGCUUCAUAAUGCCACCUGAGAAACAUCAUAUGACCCACAUUCCGCCAAAGCAGCACAUCAUGAUGCCACCGCCUCCUUUACAGCAUGUGCCACACGAGCAUUAUAACCAGCCACAUGAAGACAUUCGUGCUCCUCCUGCAGAGAUGGCAAUGGCUCCCCCGCCUCCUCGCCCCGUCAGUCAGGACACCUUCCGCAUUUCAACGAGAAAACACAGCAACUUAAUAACUGUCCCUAUUCAGGAUGACUCGAAUUCGGGUGCUCGAGAACCACCUCCACCAGCCCCUGCUCCUGCUCAUCAUCAUCCUGAGUACCAGGGUCAGCCGGUGGUAUCGCACCCUCACCAUAUAAUGCCUCCACAGCAACAUUACGCACCACCCCCCCCACCACCUCCACCGAUCAGCCAUCCGCUGCAGCACCCUCCCCAGGCAGCAGGUACUCCUCACAUGGUGUACAGCCAAGCUCCUCCACCACCAAUGACCUCUGCUCCUCCUCCAAUAACCCCACCACCUGGACAUAUCAUUGCCCAGAUGCCACCAUAUAUGAAUCAUCCUCCUCCAGGACCUCCCCCUCCUCAGCACGGAGGCCCCCCAGUAAAUGUCAGUGCGCCCCCUCCCCACCACUAUAAUCCUAACUCUUUGCCACAGUUCAGUGAAGAUCAAGGAACUCUUAGUCCCCCCUUCACACAGCCCGGGGGGAUGAGCCCAGGGAUCUGGCCAGCUCCAAGGGGGCCACCUCCACCCCCACGAGUGCAGGGGCCUCCUGCCCAGGCCCCGCUUCCCGGACCGCACCACCCUGACCAAGCCAGAUACAGACCCUAUUACCAAUGAUAUGAGCAGUUACAUGCAUAGAGAGUGCUAUGAAGAGGAUACAACUAUAUACAACAGCCUUUUAAUUAAGUGUUUGGGGGUUAUUUUGUUGUGUUUUUUUUUAAGAUACUGUCAUUUUGACUGUAAGACAUUUUUGGGUUUGAAUCUUAAAUGAUUUUUAAGCCUUGGCGCUAGGACUCUGACUUCAGAUAGUCUGUAGUGCUAAAAUAAGUGGCUUAGUAGACCACGGUUGCAUUUUAACAGAACUUCUGUCUCUAGAGUGGCUAAAUUGUCCUAAGAUGAACACUUGUAACAUUAUUUACUGGAGAAAAUGAACACGUGUUGUACCAUUCUGAAUAUUGUUUUUGUUAAAUCCAGUGUUUAGUUUCACUUGUGAUACAUUUUUGUUAACCUGUGUACAAUAAUUAAAUUGAAAUAUGGUUGUAAAA